AUGGCUGAAACGGAUGUUCUCCGUGCCCUCUGCAAUCUCCUAGAGAAGGAAAAACGCUACCACGAGUCCCUUUACAACAAACCAUUAACAGGCCACCUACAGCUAUUUCCACCGAAAUUGGGAGUGAACACAGACGGCGGUCACGCUUUCAACUGUACUGUCCAUCUGAGAGAGUAUGAAAAUUAUCUGGAGCUAGUUCCUGAAGGUUUCCUGUCAGACGCGAACGAGGCCGCUCAAACAGAAGAUGAACCUUGGUCGUACCUUUCGAAACCUCUGCAUCAGGGGAACGUCAUCGCGAAAGUGAGAGGCAACGAGUUGUUCCUGGCCUGCGGAUAUCAUGGAGUGAGGAUGAACCUUGGCGUCGAUGCAUGCAUGCUGCGCUUUGGGAAUGAUAACCUUGCCAGUGUAUCAGAAGCCAUCUCCGGGACAAGCGGAAACGUGUUGAACCGUGACCGAAUUGGAUCCUUCCUUACCUCAAACGCCUUCAUGCCACGAGACUCAAAUAGGAUACCGGGCAUCGAUCGUAUGAACAUUGUUGCAGCUGUCAACUGUGCCACUUUCUCCUACGUUGUAAUAGACUUCGCCGACUCUGUCAAUAUCAGCGUCAUCAGUCUCGGUCGUCACUGGCAAGAAUCAGAUAUUGACCCGCAGUCCCAGUUGUGGCAGUCCAUAUGGAGUCCUGACCACGGCCCAGAUUGGAUUGACGAGGCUCACGCCGCAGAACAGCGUCUUCUUGAAUGGAGAGACUCAAUACUCCAGGAAAUCGGCGGUAUCUCCGCUCGCUAUCCCAUUGUGUACACUAUGUGCGACAAGAAGUGUGUCUUCAACGGCUUCGGCCGUCGCAUCGCUCACGACCUGCUGCACGAGCUUGGUUUGUGGCCUGGUACUCCAGCACACCUCGUGUGUCAAGACGAGCUGUACGAGACUUUCAGAGACGGAAUCGUCUCGUACAUGAAGCAAUGGAACUCUCUCGAGUUUCUGGAACGUGUCGCAAGCUCGCCGAACUCCACAAAUCCGCUGCAGUUCGGUCACAAGGCGUACGCGAACUACAUGUCGUGCUUCGUGCAUGUCUAUCAUAAACAGAAGGUGCGGGUCUCUGGUGCUUAUUAUAACAAAUUGUAUUCUGCGGGUUUGCUUGAUCGGAAACAUACCAUUGGGGAGCCUUAUCAUUACGAUCCACGAAAAUUACGCAACAAGAAUGAUACGUAUUUGCCUAUUUUCGUGUAUUCGCAAGGCGGAUUCAAGAUAUACUCUGUUAUCCGUGCGAGGCCUCCGAGAGAAUGGCUAUCCCAAGGCGGACGUGGUGAUUUGGCACUGGAUGGACGACAUUCGCCGUGUAAGAUGAGUUUCGGUUACACGCAAGUUCAUGUUCAAGUCGAGAACAUGCUUGACUCCUCACUUGCACAGAGGGGAAGGCGGCGGAAGCACCAGUCUGGAAGACGUGGACGCCCUGCAAAAGAUCCGAAGAUGUCCGAAUUGCGGGACCAAAUGAACGUAGGACUCGCAUUCCGCAAGAAGAUGUUAGCCCAGUUAGAAGCAGAGCGAUUGGAAGACGAAGCUACAGAUCCUGACCAAGAACUUGUGACACAUGAUGUGGAGUACGGCUCCGACUGCUCUGGCGUAUUCACGAAUCCAGAAGCGAAUAUGCAUGAUCAUCCAAGCGGUUCGUCGAGGAGUUAUCCGGAGACCAGACCACUACAAUUUCAUGUGGGUCGUGCGAAGACGCGCGGACUAUCACGCCUUAAGUCGGAGGGCGUGCCGGUCGAAUACGAGAGCGACGGCUUGCCACAAGGUCUGGAAGACGAGGAAGACGAGGAGGCGCAAAGUGAACAGGAGGUCAACGACAUACUGGACGAGCUGAAAGUCAAACGCGAAACAGAGGAUGUGUCCUUCGACGCGGAGAGCGGGUGUCUGCUAGUCCGAUCGAGAAGCGUGGAUUCGCAAUUGCAAAGGGAGGGCGAGGACACUCCGACCAGAUUGGAUAGUGCUAGUGGAGGGCUACCCGCUCAGUUCGAUUUCGAAGCCGUGUCAAUGAACGACAGCGAGAGCUUAACCAGGAUCGCGAAGGAAGAUCUCUCUGUCAAUCCCCAGUGCGAGGAUGGCAGGGCCCGAUCCAAUACCAGGCCACUUAUGGAUGCAGAACUGCUGCUGAACGAACGCGGCAAGCGGCGCAAGCUUGCAUAA